AUGAAGCUGAGGUUUCGUUUACAUACACUUAUAUGCAGAAUGAAAAUAUUAAUUAUAUUUUGGUUCAUAACAUUUUAUGUUGUGCAAUCAAUUGGGAUGAUUAAAGAUGUUUCGCCUAAUCAAAAUCAUUCGAAAAUAGCAAAGUACAUAAGUUUUCUUAUUGAUGAGAAUAACAAGAGGGACCCAAGCCAACGUCAUGACGUGUUUUUAUUUCAUUUGAACAGUAAUAAAAGUCGUAGGACGGAGUCGAGUCAAUAUGAAAUAAUUUAUAAUGAAAUAAUGAAAGAAAAUCCUUUCAAUCCAAUUCUUACUCACGAUUCACAAAAACGAUUAUUUCGUGAAGAAAUUUUUGAGGCAUCAAUUGUUAUUAUCGUGUUUAGUGAUAAAUAUUUGGCUAAUUUCAAAGGUGCUAAUUUCAUAGCAAUUUAUGGAUCUGAACAAAUGAAAUUUUUUACAUGGAAUCCAUUUUUCAACACGGGAAGGUUGUCAGAAAUUCACAAAAAUUUAUUUUAUAAUUUCGAUGAAAUUAUUUUCCGGACAAAUUAA